AUGAUGAUAUGUGAUCUCUUGGAUACAACCCACACACACACGCACACACACACACAAACCACCAGGCAUUGCUGCUACCCAGCUGAGCAAAAUGUCUUUCUCCUAGCAGCGGUGCUCAUCAUAGCUUUCAAAUCCUUGACGAUGUGGCCAUGCUUUCCCCUCUGCCUUCUACUUUCUCUCUGUUUCUGCCUGCUCUUCCUGCCCUUGGGGCAUCUUUGCCCUCCUCUCUGUAGCUGUAUGGACUCCCACACUAUAGACUGCAGGGAUCAAGGACUCCCCAGGGUUCCUAAUCUGUUUCCACUGGACGUACGGAAACUUCUCAUAGCUGACAACAACAUUCAGGUGAUACCGGCUGAUUUCUUUAUAUUUUAUGGAGAUCUAGUCUACUUGGACUUCAGGAAUAACUCAAUCACCUCCUUAGAAGAGGGCACUUUCAGCAGUUCCACCAAGCUGGUGUUUUUAGACCUAAGCUACAAUAAUUUAACGCAGCUUGAUGCUGGGAUAUUCAAGUCGGCAGAGAAGCUGAUAAAAUUAAGCCUUGGGAACAAUAACCUAGUGGAUGUGGACGAGGCUGCUUUUGAGAGCCUGGAACAGCUCCAAGUGUUAGAACUGAAUGACAAUAACUUGCAGAGCCUCAACGUGGCUGCCCUGGAUGCACUUCCGUCCCUUCGGACUAUACGUCUAGAGGGCAACCCAUGGGUCUGUGACUGUGACUUUGCCAACCUCUUCAGCUGGAUACAAGAGAAUGCAUCCAAGCUUCAGAAAGGUCUACAUGAACUCCAGUGUUCCCUGCCUGUGGAAAACAGAAGAAUCUUUCUGGAUGAAUUAUCUGAGGUCAGCUUCAGUGAAUGCAAAUUUAGUUUGUCGUUAACGGAUCUGUUGAUCAUCAUCUUCUCUGGCGUCGCGGUCUCCAUCGCCGCCAUUCUGUCAAGCUUCCUCUUGGCGGCGCUGGUGCAUUGCUUCCAGAGAUGCGCUCCCAGCAAAGAUGAUGAUGACGAAGAAGACAGUGAGGACUGA